GGAAGAGCUUUCCUUUCUGUCCCUGACUGCACAGCGUAUUUUGCUAAAGGGACAUUUCCAAGCACCGCGUCUAUCGGAGCCUCAAAAUGCUGAAUUUCUGUCCACAGUGUGGCUCAAAGUUACAGGCUGGGUUCAGAUUCUGUCCCUCAUGUGGGGAAAAGUUGCCAGAAAACCCAACAGAUGAAGAUGAACCUUCACCGCAACAAGAAUCACAUAUAAACGCUGUGAUUUCUUCUGUGAGCGCAAUGGAGGUGGAUUGUGCUGGGGACUCCUCUCCAUCUGCACUGAGUCGCCCACCUUUACGUACAACUCGGCGAAAGACCUUGAGUAACACAAACACAGAAUAUACAGAACAGAAGCCGGUUCCGUCUUCUCGAAAGAGAAAGUCAUCUCAGCUGGUUAAAGAGGAGGAAGAAGUGGCAAAGAAAACCCAAUCAAUUUUAAGCCAAACUCCAGAUAAGACAUCUUUUACACCUCCUCGAAAAGGAAAGGCGUCCCCUCAGAUUAAAGAACAAGAUGAGAUAAAGCAAACUAAUUUGUCUACACUUCAAACUCCAGAUAAGAUGUCUUCAAUGUCACUUCAAAAGUAUAAGGCUUCUCCCCUGAUUAAAGACGAGGAGGCAAAGAAAACAUCUCCAGCUAUUCAAAGCCCAUCUAAAUGCAAAAGUAAGAAGCGGGUGAGCAGUGUUGACCCUGUUCUGGAGGGGACGGUGGUUUGUGACCAGUCAGGCAAAAAAUGGAAGCUGAUCGAACUUCUGUGGAAAACUGAAUUAGAUGUGACAUAUGGAGUGUGCCAAGCAAAUCAGCACGCAGAAUCUGAUGAAUGCAAGUACAUGUUGAGACUGGGUGCUAAAGAAGGACAUUUGUUUAAUGAGCAGAACUUCCAUCUAAGAGCAGCCAAACCUGAUGCAGUGGAGAAAUGGGGGAAAUUGCACAAAUUGGACUUCCUUGGGAUUCCAUCCUGUGUAGGCUUUGGUCUUCAUGAAACGUAUAGGUUUUUAGUUUUUCCUUGCAUGGGACAACCUCUACAAACCGAGUUAGAUGAAGGAACCGGUUCUCUAUCCGAGAAAAAUGUUCUCCAGCUUGCACUGAGACUACUGGAUUCACUUGAAUUUAUCCAUGAGAAGGAAUAUGCCCAUGCUGACAUCCAUGCAGGAAAUAUUUACAUCAAGUCCAGCAGUCACACAGAGGUGUUCUUGUCUGGCUUUGGUCAUGCCUUCAGGUUUUGUCCUGGUGGGAAGCAUGUGGAGUAUCGACAGGGAAGCCGCACUGCUCAUCAGGGUAACAUCAGCUUCAUCAGUCUGGAUUCUCACAAGGGGGCUGGUCCCUCUCGACGUAGUGACCUGCAGUCUCUGGGUUACUGUAUGCUGUGCUGGAUGACAGGAUCAUUACCCUGGAGUCACCUCUCGCACAAUAGCUCUUCUGUUGCUGCAGAGAAGGAGAGGUACAUGUCUGACGUCCCUGGACUUUUGACUUACUGCUACAAACAGAAGAAAGCUUCAAGUGCAUUGCAGGAAUACCUGUGCAACGUCAUGGCCCUGCAGUACACCGAAAAACCAGAUUACACACUUCUGAAAGGAGGACUUCAGCAGAGCUUACAGAAGAUGGGUGGCAGUCUGAAAUAAUCACUCAACCGGCAGGUGAAACCAUAGGAGAGAUAACUGGUGUGGGAAUUGGAUUUGAUCGUUUUAUGGAAUGUUUAAAAGGGCUUUUAUGUUUUUAAAAGUGCUUUUAUUGUGGUUUUUAUAGUUGCAGUGUAAACUUUGCAUGCUUGUUUGCUCUUCUAGAUUUGAAUCACUGUUAUUUGUUAUGGUUUCAUGUUUUUUUUUUCUUUUGAAAUAAUGAUGGUAUGUUUAGUUAUAAGGGUGAAUUCAGAGCUAUUUUUUAUACAAAAAAUUAUUUCUCGGAUUUGACACAACAAAACACAUUUCUUGGUUUUGACAAGUUUGUUGUUAUAGGUUUAUAUUUUAGGAAAGACCAUAUUCAUGUUAAAAAGGGGGUUUAUUUUCAUAUUUUCUCCCAUGUUUUUAAUCAACUGUUUUGUGCAGCAACCAUUACUAAAAUAAACAUCUGCAUUCAAAACU